CAAGGGAAAUACCCCGUCUCUGGAAAAGCGUUGGCGCCUUCGAAGAAGAGACUGAGGAUGUGAGUGAAGAGGCUCCCAUGAGGGACCGCUCCCAUAUUGAGAAAACCCUGAUGCUGAAUGAGGACAAGCCAGCUGACGAUUACACAGCGGUACUGCAGCGGCUGAGGAAGAUCUACCAUACAUCCAUCAAGCCCCUGGAGCAGUCUUACAAGUACAAUGAGCUGCGACAGCACGAGAUCACAGAUGGGGAGAUUACUUCCAAGCCAAUGGUGCUGUUCCUGGGACCGUGGAGCGUUGGCAAAUCCACCAUGAUAAACUACCUCCUUGGGUUAGAAGAAACUCGAUACCAGCUUUAUACAGGUGCUGAACCUACCACCUCCGAGUUCACUGUUCUCAUGCACGGGCCCAAGCUGAAAACCAUUGAGGGCAUUGUCAUGGCUGCUGACAGUGCCCGAUCCUUCUCACCCCUGGAAAAGUUUGGCCAGAAUUUUCUGGAGAAGUUGAUUGGCAUUGAGGUUCCCCACAAACUUCUAGAACGAGUCACUUUUGUAGAUACACCAGGCAUCAUUGAGAACCGCAAACAACAGGAAAGAGGCUACCCCUUCAAUGAUGUGUGUCAGUGGUUCAUCGACAGAGCCGACCUCAUCUUUGUUGUCUUUGAUCCCACCAAGUUGGAUGUGGGUCUGGAGCUGGAGAUGCUCUUCCGACAGCUGAAGGGACGAGAGUCCCAGAUAAGGAUCAUUUUGAACAAGGCUGACAACCUGGCCACACAAAUGCUCAUGCGGGUGUACGGAGCUCUCUUCUGGAGCUUGGCCCCUCUCAUCAACGUCACAGAGCCUCCACGGGUUUAUGUCAGCUCCUUCUGGCCACAGGACUAUAAGCCUGACACUCACAGGGAACUGUUCCUCAAAGAAGAGAUCUCUCUCCUAGAAGACCUGAACCAGGUGAUUGAAAACAGGUUAGAGAACAAGAUUGCUUUUAUUCGCCAGCAUGCCAUCCGUGUCCGAAUCCACGCCCUUUUAGUUGACAGAUAUCUGCAGACAUACAAGGACAAAAUGACCUUCUUCAGUGAUGGGGAACUGGUUUUUAAGGACAUUGUGGAAGAUCCUGAUAAAUUCUACAUUUUCAAGACCAUCCUGGCAAAGACCAAUGUCAGCAAGUUUGAUCUUCCCAACCGUGAGGCCUACAAGGACUUCUUUGGCAUCAACCCCAUUUCCAAUUUCAAACUCCUCUCUCAGCAGUGCUCAUAUAUGGGGGGUUGCUUCCUGGAGAAGAUUGAACGGGCCAUCACCCAGGAGCUCCCUGGCCUUCUGGGUAGCCUUGGGCUUGGGAAGAAUCCCGGUGCUCCUAACUGUGACAAAACAGGCUGUGGUGAGGCCCCAAAGAAUCGCUACAGGAAGCACUAGUUUGUGUGUAGCCAUUCUCGGGUCCCCAUUGGUGAAUGAGCUUGUGUUCUAAAUGUCUGAGAAGUCCUGGUUUAUAUUAACCCUUUGAGCCAUACUGGUGACAAUCAGUCUGCAUUGGAGAUUUGGGAGUUCAUUGAGACCAGUGAAUCAGGGAAGGAACAAGGGUUCUAGGGAGGAGAGUGGAAACUGUGAAUUAUGCUUGUCUUAUUGCUUCAGUUAGAAGGCCUGAUACAGGCAAGUCAGGCUUCUCUUGUUUUUCCUGGGUCUUGUCUUGGAGGGACAGAGAACAGCUAACUUCUAAUGAAUACUAAGAUAAUGAGGGUCAGAUAUACUAAACUCAGUUGAAAUUUCCCAAAUAAUAGAGGGUUCUCAGGUGAGUGUCAACUCCUUUCACUCAACUCUUCUGUCCGUUCCCUAUCCCUCUUGGCUCCCUCCUAAGCUUGGAUUGAUUUUCAGCAGCGGACAGUCUCGAGUCUGAUCUUCAUGAAUUUUGAGCCCAACCUUGGAAUCUUCUCCCUGUCUUCCCAGUGGGUAGGGCAUGCAGAACACUAACACUGAUUAGGGUGUUAUCUGCCACCCAAAGUAUCAUUUCAAUGAUGUCUCAGUUGGAGAGCUCAGACACUUAAUUGGUCUGAAAAGGGUGAGUGGAUGAUGUACUCAAGAGGUACUUUUCCUCCUGGAAAUGACUUGCAUGAAAGUAAUGGAAGGGCUCAGGGGUUAAUUGGUUUGCAGUGUGUCUUUAUCUGUUGCAUGUCUUGGAAACUCAGAUCACAAAGGUGUUGGUGUCAGAAAGGUCAAUGGGACCUUGCUCCUGAUCCUUGGAGGCUUCUCUGGACAGUCACUUCUCCCAAGUUUUGGGGAAAACUGUUUCUACAACUUCUUUGUGGGAGCACUUGACAGAGGACCUGUCUCUUGCUUCUCAGAACCAUGGUUUCUCCUUCCCCUUCUCCAUUCCCUGAUGCGCUAAUACUUCCAUCUGAGAGAAAUUCCUAGACUCAGAACCAGUCCCAGGCCCUUGGCAUAGGUGGCAGACAAGGUCUGAGGUUCAAUUCAACCUGAAGAUAUCCACUGAAUACAGUCAGGACCUACACACACCAUUGAGUGUGCAUUUGUUUGUCCAUUGUACAAGAGAUAGCUAGGACAAUGAUAGACUUGAGGGCACAGAGAAAGGACUCCUGAGAGUAUUGCAUGGCAGAUAUACACUGCCAUCUUGGAGAUGAAGCCCUGGGAAGAUGAAGAGCCUUUUUGAUGGAGCAGGCAAGGCAAAGGUCAGACUGUCUUGAGGACUUCCUUUGAGCACAGCCAGCUGCUUUUUGGGGGGGAGUAAGCUUUCCUGGGGGCCUGAAUUGUGAGGCAUAGGUUGGGAUCCACCAAUAACAGUGAGUCAUCUGGAGAAGCAGGAAGUGGGAAAGAAGGCUGAGCCAGAGUUGUUCCUUCUGAGGACCAGGUAGGGAGUAUUAAGCAGACUGGUAAUCAGUGGGGGCUACACAGAGAACUUUGGUUUAGGAGUUCAUGUCUCUCUGAAUACUUAGCAGUCUGGCUCUGGCUGUAAGGGAGGCUGCUGUUUUAACUCUAUGUAGGGCCCAGGACCUCCCACAAGUCAAACACUCCAAAGCUGCCAGGACACUGUUUCCAAGGAGUGAGUUUCUUCUAUAGGGUCAUCCAUGGAGCCUGGUGGCUCUGGUAAAUGAGCUGCAGUUUGUCUUGGAUUUUUUUCCCAUUAAAAUACAUAUCCAACCCCAAAACUCCUCUCCUCAUCUCUCCAUCACAUGCUCUGGGGAGACUGUCCCUCCCACCUUUCUUCUUCAGGCUUCUCAUGCCCAAGGGCUUUGUGUAGCAAAUCUGUUUUUUCUCAGUGAAGUCAGAGAGAUGGGGAGAAAAGCUGAACUGUAUGGACUCUGGCCUAGCUGUCAGUACCUGCAUGUUUGGUGGGAAGCAAGUGAAAUAAGGGAAACAAAUUCAUACAGUAUUUGUAUUUGGGGGAGGGGCACCUUAUCAGAGUUACCGUCCUUUUGGGUUUUCCUCCACCUUUUUCUUCUUUGUCUCCAUUCUGUUCCUCUUCUCACCUCCCAAUUCACUUUCCUCUCCUGUCCACUGGCAGCUGAUGGGCCAGCACAGGGUUUAGCAUGCAUUCUUUGCCCAUCUCUGUGGGGAGAUGGAUUUUGAGUAGGAUUCUGACUCUAGGAGGAGGGAGGUUCAUCCCAGGGGAAACAUGAGAUCCAGAGAUUUCCAAGUGGAAUAUCCGUGUAGGUGCCUGAACAGUGGCUGACCUCUCUAGUGUUCUUUCCAUUCUGGUUUCAUCAGGGAGAAGGUCUCAAUAAAGUUCCAAUCUCUCUCCAACACCUUGUCCUUGUUUGUCUGCAGCCAGAUGAAUCUCUUUAUCUAGUAGAGUAUACCCAUUUUCAAGUUUCUGGGUGAUAGCUUGGAAAUUUAUAAACAUUG